UGUGAUUAGUAAGAUAAACAAACUUGGAGAAAGGAUGGACUGUCUUGAACAAGGCAUCCGUGAACAUGUGAGCCUUAGCCCGAAGUUAACAGCAACAGUGAAGGGAAAAUUGAGCCUUGGAGCGAAAAUUCUUCAAGUGGGAGGGUUGGAAAAGAUAUUUAAACAGAAGUUUAGUGUUAAAAAUGAUGAAAAGCCAUUAAAGGUUUCUCAUUGCUAUUUAUCAACUACAACUGGUCCAAUAGCAGGCCUUCCCUACAUCUCUACCGAUAAGAUUGCUUUCUACAGUGAAAGAUCAAUAAAGCUCUUAUCUCCAACCGGAAAGUUGCUUAGAAUCUACUAUAAGCAAUCCUCUUCAAGAUCAGAAGUCACAAUGAAGGACUUAAUCAGUGGAAAUGUGGUGGGUGUUCCCAUGAGUUCAGCAGUAUGUUCAUUUGAAAUGCAGCCUAAAAGACUACUAUCCCUAUCUUCUUGCCAAGACCAUAUUCCAUCUGCAACAUCAAAGAUCUUAUCUAAAUUAAAGCAACGAAAAUCUGUGAUUAGUAAGAUGAACAAACUGGGAGAAAGGAUGGGCUGUCUUGCACAAGGCAUCUGCGAGCAUGUGAGCCUAAGCCCAAAGUUAACAGAAACUGUGAAGGGAAAAUUGAGCCUUGGGGCAAAAAUUCUUCAAGUAGGAGGACUGGAGAAGAUAUUCAGGCAGAAGUUUAGUGUUAGAGAUGAUGAAAAGCUAUUGAAGGUUUCUCAAUGCUAUUUAUCAACUACAGCUGGUCCAAUAGCAGGCCUUCUCUUCAUCUCUACUGAUAAGAUUGCUUUCUGCAGUGAGAGAUCAAUAAAGCUCUUAUCUCCAACCGGAAAGUUGCUUAGAAUUUGUUAUAAGGUAUCGAUCCCAAUAACUAAGAUACGGAAAGCAAAAGAGUGUGAAAAUAUGGAGAAGCCAUCACAGAAGUAUAUAAAGUUAGUUACAGAGGACGAUUAUGAGUUCUGGUUUAUGGGGUUCUUUAAUCAUCAAAAGAAUCUUCGAUAUCUGCAGCAGGCAAUUUCAACUUUCAAGAACUUCAAUCAGCUAAGAAUAUGACUUUUUUUGAUUCCUAAUACACCCAUUCAUCAAUGUAAAAUGUUGAUGCAAAAAACAAAUUUGCAGAUCUGUUCAAACUUGUAACUAGCUCCAUUGCUCAAAGGAGGUUUACAUAUUUUAGGCUUUGAGCCUUGGUUGUUAAUAUUAAUGUAUGGACUUAUUGUAAAACUAAUGCAAACAGGAGGCUAA